AUGGAGGGGAGCAGCAACAGUCCGGACAGGCAGUCGUCGGGCGGCAGCCCUGAGGAGCGCGGAAACGGUGGUAGCGGAGGCCGGGGCACCGGGGAGCCGGUGCGGUCGCGGUGGACGCCGAAGCCGGAGCAGAUACUGAUCCUCGAGUCCAUCUUCAACAGCGGCAUGGUCAACCCGCCCAAGGAUGAAACCGUCCGCAUCCGCAAGCUGCUCGAGCGCUUCGGCGCCGUCGGGGACGCCAACGUCUUCUACUGGUUCCAGAACCGCCGCUCCCGCUCGCGCCGCCGCCAGCGCCAGAUACAGGCCGCCGCCGCGGCGGCGGCGGCGGCAGCGGCCUCCUCCGCAGCUAGCGCCACCGUCGGCAGCCUUCCUUCUGGUGCUCUACAAUAUCCCUUGGCCAUGGGCGGGACCGCCUGCCAGUAUGAGCAGCAGGCGAGCUCCUCCUCGUCGUCGGGAAGCACUGGGGGCUCUCUUGGGCUGUUCGCACUCGGGGCCGGGGUGCCCGGCACCGGCGGUGGGUACUUCCAGGCGUCGUGUGGCGCUUCGUCGCCGCUGGCGACAGGGCUGAUGGGGGACGUGGACAGCAGCAGUGGCGGCAGCGACGAUCUCUUCGCCAUCUCCCGGCAGAUGGGGUUCGCGGCGAGCGGCCCCGUCGCCUCGGCCUCGGUGGCGCCGAGCACCACUACGGCACACCAGCAACAGUAUUACUCAUGCCAAUCGCCUGCAGCGACGAUCACGGUGUUCAUCAACGGAGUCCCAAUGGAGGUUCCCAGGGGUCCAAUAGACUUGCGAGCCAUGUUCGGCCAGGACGUGAUGCUCGUCCAUUCCACCGGGGCCCUCCUCCCAGUCAACGACUAUGGAAUUCUAACGCAGAGCUUGCAGAUGGGUGAAAGCUAUUUCUUGUUGUAUGUCUAUAUAUAUGUCGGCUGGUUGACCGUGCUUGGAAUGUCUGUCCUUAUGUAA